CUCGUUUUCCAUCGGAAUUCUUCCGCGGCAUUCUGCACAUAACGACAUCAUGGCGGCCCAACCCCUUCCCCCUGGCUGGGAGGCCAAAUAUGACGCCGGAACAGGACGAUACUUUUUCAUUGACCAUAUCAACAAGAAGACAAGCUGGACAGACCCGCGCACCACCAUGCAGGUGCCGCAGCCGCAGCCAGCUGCACCCAGGUCACCUGCCAGGAGCCCCCGCCAAGAAAACAUCCAGAUGACUCAUGUUGCUAAACCCAAGUGUAAGACAUGCCAUAUUAAGGAGGUCCAGUAUCCAGGGUGGGAAUGUUGGAACUGCCAACAGAACAGACGUUCACAACAACAACAACAACAACAACAACAACAAUUAAGAGAACAGGAACAGGAUACAUCCUUUACCAUUGACACCGCUGCCCUAAACAGACUGUGUCAUGCCUACCCUGCUGCCAAGAGAGAUAUCAUCAGUACAACACUGGAGCUUCUGAUGAACGAUGAGCGAGAGACAGCGGACACUCUGGAGCAGAUGGGGUACAGGAAGCGAGGUGCCACCCCAAAGGCUUCCCCAACAAAGACAACCCCCAAGAAACCCUCUCCUAAGAAGACUACCACAGUACCCAAGCCACCGGCGCAACCUGCACAUCCUCCACAACUUACCGAGGCCCAGAAAAAUAGAGUGAGGUCGGAGGUCAAGGCCCUGUAUCCCAACAUGCCUCACACGGUGGUCCAGAUGGCGCUGGAGUCAGCUGACUAUGAUAAGGAGAAAGUCGUGCAGCUGCUGAAGUUCAUGCAGGACGACCAACAGCCUGCUGCUUCUACUAGUUCCAGAUCUUCACAUGUCACUGAGCCAACAGCCGGCCCAGCGCGGACCACCUCUCCUGCCAGGUUUGACAGCAGUAGCGGCUCCCAGCCCGUGGAGUUCUCCAGCUCACUGCAAGCUCCCGUGUUUGGGGACGACACCGCCGGGCACCGCGCCCAGCGCGCCAGGAGUCCCAAGUCUGGCUCACGCGGACCCUCUGUGGGGAAAACAGCACAGAAGAGUCCGAUCAAGACUAUGAUUGGUAGUUCCAGCUCUGUACAGUCCAGGAUCAAAACUUCUUCAAAGACUACCACUCGUGCCACAACCACAGCUAGAACUAAACCCUCAAGUGCAGGCUAUGUGUCCCCCCUACGGAACAAGCCGAAUGGUCCGGACCAUUCUCUGCUCAAUGGACCUAACCGUGAACUGCUCAUGAAGGAUUAUGUGGAGCAGCAUGGCCCUAACCCUGAGUACGUGAAGGGGCCAGCCCUCAGGGAGGGGGCAAAACCACACCUUGCCAAGGGGCCAAACCCUGAGCUCAUCCAAGGCCCCGCUCACUUCAACUGAACAUCACUGCAGCCUGCACAGACAGAACAACAACAACAAGAAUGCUCUCAAAGUCAGUUACGUACAUUUCAAACCAAAACAAACAUAAACUUACCUUCAGGUACUACUGCUAUUGUUGUUGUUGACGUGUAUUUAGCAUUCAAGUAAGAUGUGUAUAUUCUUCUCAGGACAUUUUUUUCUCUGCGAGCACUUUUUUGUGUGCCUUUUUUCAUGCACUUUGUUGUUUCCACAUGAUUGCAUGUAUGAUUCAUGACAAUUAGCCAAGACCAGACACAUAACCAGUAGGUAUAUAUCAGUGUACUCAAUAGAUAUGAUGUUGAUCUAUAAUACUAUUUGUAAAUGUGGAUUGAGAUAUUGAAUUGUAAGGUACAAUGAUAUAGUUAUUAUGUGAUUAAGGUUGUCUUUUAGACAGCUGAAUUGUGUAUCUUGUGGAACUGAAUGUACAGUAAGUGUCUCACUGGAAUAUUUGCUUAUACACUAGGGUAAACAAUGUUGUGUCUUAUGGCCUGUUGUGUCCAUAACACAGUACAUGUAUAUGACUAGCUAGGUACAUAUACCUUGCCAGUUUUACAUGAAGACACAUUUGCAUUUGCUUUUUUAUAUGUACAUAAUUGUUGUAUUGUUGUACUCCUAGGAAAUGAGUAUGGGAAAUGUUUUCUCUGUUAGAAAGUUAUGGAAAGAGGGGAAGAAGGAAAGAGGACAUGACGCAAAAUUGUUUUUAAAAACAAGUGACCAAGGAUGGUUUGUGUAAGGUAAAGUUUGUAUUGAACAACUGGUACCUUCAGGUCCAUUGUAAAGUGUGAGAUGCUAUUCCAGAUGAGACUGGGUUUUGCAUGAUGUGAUAAUGUGUAUAUAAGAUUCUCAAUGAUAAUUAAGAACAUGGAGAGAGGGAAUGAGUGUAGCUAACUUCAUUCAUCAGAACACAGUACCUUUUUGAUACAUGUAGUGUUUAAUCAAAAAUGUCUUAGGUAAUAAUCCCCUGGGCCUCAACAAGGGUAACAAUGCCGUUGUUAAGGACCCCUUAUAUUUUGAUGAUUUUCAGGACCCUCUAGUGAUAAUUCAUUGAAAUUUAACCCAAGGAAUUAUUUCUUUUAGAUAUCCCUUAGGUAGGUAGUAAUUCCCUUGAACUAUAAUUCCUUUUAUACUGACAUGCUCUCUGUUUCCUGGGAGUUAACCCAGGGUAAUAAUUCCUUUGUUACGAAUUUCUUAGGUAAUAAUUCCCUGGGACUUUUGGUUAAGAACCGUUUAGGUAAUAAUUCCUUGGGACUCCACCUAGGGUAAUAAUGCCUACUUUUAGGACCCUGCAAUUGUAAUAAUCAUCUGGGACUUGAUUAGGGUUAUGAUACCUUGUGAUCAAGCUGUUUUUGUUGUUGGGAUCCCUUCCGUUUUAAUUUCCUAGGUCAUACCCAUGGUAAUGAUUCCAUUGUUCACCUGUACUACAGGUGAUAAUUCCAUGAGUCAUACCCAGGGUAAUAAAAUUCAGGUGAUAAUUCCCUGGGCCAUACCCAGGGUAAUUAUUCCUUUGCUAAGUACACCUCUAGGUAAUAAUUCCCUGGACCCAGGGUGAUAAUUCCUUUGUUAAAUACAGCUCUAGGUAAUAAUUCCCUGGGACUGACCCAGGGUGAUAAUUCCUUUGUAAAAUACACCUCUAGGUAAUAAUUCCCUGAGACUGGCCCAGGGUGAUAAUUCCUU